AAAUAGAAACAACAAUCUCCGUCAGAGAAUUCGCUCUGCAAUCUAAAUGUCGGCGUCCACUUCAAUCGCCCAUCUCCGCCAACCACUCCACGGCGUCGUUCGCCGACCACCACCGUCGCAUAUGAAAUCAGAUUAGGUCAUGUAGUUCAAUUAGUGACCAAUGCUGUCAAACAUUGGUUAUAACGAAUGGCGGUAAAGCAUAGUGGUUAGAAAUCAAUCACACGACACUUCAGAAUUUGCUUGCAAUGUCAUCAUCCACUUCAAUCGUCGCUCCUCGACCACCACCGCAUCUCAGAUCAGGUGAAAAUGGCGAGUUCAGUGGAGAAGGAAGGUUCUGCUGCUGUCAGAGAUGCAGGUGCAUCGGAGGAGCGUGUUUGGUUGGAUCUACCUGCACCAUCUGGUUGGACCAAAAAGUACUUCUUUCCAAAGUCUGGAACACCGACAAAGUAUGAGGUUGUCUUUACUGCACCAUCAGGAGAGAAAAUCCAUACAAGGAGGCAUAUGGAGGAGUAUCUGAAGAGAAAUGGUGGACCGAAGGUCUCAGAAUUUGAUUGGGGCAAUGGCGAGACUCCAAGAAGAUCGGCAAGGAUCAUCGAGAAGGCCAAGGCAGCUCCUCUAGUGGAGCAUGAAAGUGAACCCCCUAAGAAACGGGGCAAAAAGUCAGCAUCAGAUUUAAAAGCAUCUAAAGGGAAGAUUGAUGACAAAGCAUCAAAAUCAAAAAGCGUUUAAAAAUGUUUUUGAAUUAAGAUCGAGCGUGGUUGCUUCAAAAUUGUAACCAUAUAAUAGAAUCACAUGAUUUAACGGGCCAUAUUUACUUGAGUUAUAAGCGACCCUAGUUUAAAAAUGUUCUUCCUUUCUAAGUUUGUCAACUAUAUCUUCCUUCUCAAAGGUGUAUGACACUGCAACUGCAAUUGUUGGGAUCUCAAUCUCACAUUGUAAGCCCCUCUUCAUAUUUUUUCUUUGUUUUUUUGUUUUCUAAA